AUGAAUCAAUCUCGUCCUUUCUCUAAUUUGCAGAAAGGCAAAGGUAAGACGCGUCAAUUGGACCUGGAGCGAGCGCUGACAGCCAGAGACAGAGUCGGUGUCCAGGACAUGGUUCUGCUGGACGCCCACAACAGUGAGAUAGCCUUUCUGGACAACCUGAAGAAACGUUUCUCUGAGGACCUGAUAUACACUUAUAUUGGAACCCUUCUGAUCUCAGUCAACCCGUACAAAGAGUUGGACAUCUAUAGCAAGAAGCACAUGGACCUUUAUAUGGUGGUCAAUUUUUAUGAGCUUCCACCCCACAUUUACGCCCUGGCGGAUAACGCCUACCAGACCAUGCUAGCGGAAUCUAAUAACCACUUCAUUCUGAUCUCUGGAGAGAGCGGGGCAGGAAAAACCGAGGCCACUAAGAAGAUCCUGCAGUAUUACGCCGGUAGCUGCCCCGGUAGCUCCCUGCUCAACUCCGUCCGGGACCAAAUGCUAAUGUCCAAUCCUAUCCUGGAGGCUUUUGGAAAUGCCAAAACACUGAAGAACAACAACUCCAGUCGCUUCGGGAAGUACAUGGACAUUCAGUUUGACUGCCAGGGUGAUGCAGUUGGAGGUCACAUCCUCAGUUAUCUGCUGGAGAAAUCACGUGUGGUCCACCAGAACCACGGCGAGCGAAAUUUCCACAUUUUUUACCAGCUGCUGGAGGGAGGAGACGAGGACCUGCUGAGACAACUUGGACUCGAGAGAGACACACAGCGCUACAACUACCUGCUGCAGGGUGAGUGUGCCAAAGUGAGCUCCAUCAACGACAGGAAUGACUGGAAAUCAGUGAAAAAUGCCCUCUUGGUCAUGCACUUUGAUCUCAGCGACAUUGAGCAUCUGUUUGGAAUCAUCGCAAGUGUUCUCCACCUGGGGAACGUACAGUUCGACGGAGAUACCAAAGGCAACGCCGUCCUCAACUCUAGCGCUGAACUGCGCUGGGUAUCAAAGUUGACUGGGGUCCAUGUGCAGGUUCUGAGCGAGGCUCUGACCUACAGGAAGAUCGAAGCUAGAGCAGAUGAGGUUCUGUGUCCCUUCACUGUCGAUCAUGCCAUCUACGCCAGAGACGCGCUGGCCAAAGCCAUUUAUGGACGCACCUUCACCUGGCUGGUCAACCGCAUCAACGAGUCACUCGAGAAUCAGGACUCGAGCAGAAAAACAGUUAUUGGUCUGCUUGACAUCUACGGAUUUGAGGUCUUCUGCGUGAACAGUUUUGAGCAGUUUUGCAUUAAUUAUUGCAACGAGAAGCUCCAGCAGCUGUUUAUCCAGCUCACACUGAAGGCUGAGCAGGAGGAGUAUGAAGCUGAGGGCAUCGAGUGGGAACCGGUACAGUUCUUCAAUAACAAAAUCAUCUGUGACAUGGUGGAGGAGAAGCACAGAGGGAUCAUCUCAGUACUGGAUGAGGAGUGCGUGAUGCCAGGUGAUGCGACAGACCUUACCUUUCUGGAAAAGAUGGAGAAGAAAAUGGGCAACCAUCCACACUUUAUCACACAGAAGCUGGCUGAUAAGAAAAUUCGCAGGACUCUGGAGAGAGGCGACUUCCGUCUGCUUCAUUACGCAGGCGAGGUGACUUACUGCGUCGUGGGCUUCAUUGACAAGAACAACGACCUGCUCUACAGGCACAUUAAAGAGGUGAUGCGGCAGUCGAAGAACUCUAUAAUGCAGCAGUGUUUCUCCUCUGAUGAGGUGGACAGCAGGAGAAGACCUGAGACGGUGGCGACUCAGUUUAAAAACAGUCUGCAGGGACUGACCGAGAUCCUGAUGGCUAAAGAAGCCUGGUACGUUCGCUGUCUAAAAUCUAACGAUGACAAGCAGUCAGGAAGGUUUGAUGAUGUGCUGGUGAGGCACCAGGUGAAGUAUUUGGGUCUGAUGGAGCAUCUGAGAGUCAGGCGGGCCGGUUUUGCUUAUCGGAGGAGAUAUGAGGAAUUUCUGAAAAGGUAUAAACCUCUGUGCCCUGAUACUUGGCCACACUGGAGAGGAGUUCCUUCUGAGGGAGUGGAGAGACUGGUGCAGCACCUGGGCUACCAGCCUGAUGAGUACAAGAUGGGCAGGACUAAAAUCUUCAUCCGCUAUGCCAGGACAGUGUUUGCCAUCGAGGACGCCUAUGAGCUCUGUAAACAUGAACUGGUUGCAAAGAUUCAAGCUAAGUACAAGGGCUUCCGAACGAGAGAAGAGUUCAAAAAACAGAAACAAGCAGCUACUAAGAUUGAAACGUGCUGGAGAGGAGUUCAGGCUCGGAAAGAGAGAGAGAAACGAGCCUGGGCUGUCAAAGUUAUCAAAAAAUUUAUUAAGGCUUAUAUCACACGUGGCGAGGCAAAAUGCACAGAUAACUCCGAAUACCUGGCGUUUGUCAGACAGAGCUACCUCAAAAGGCUGAAAAAUAACCUACCAAAAACAGUUCUGGACAAAACCACAUGGCUCACACCUCCACCUGUAAUGAGAGAGGCGUCAGAGAUGCUGCGGCGGCUGCACACACGCUGGUUAGUGAGGAAGUAUGUACGAGGGCUCACGCCUCAGAGGAAAGCCCAGCUGCAGCUGAAGGUCGUCACCAGUGGCAUCUUUAAAGGGAAGAAGGAAAGCUAUCCUCAGAGUGUCGCUGUGCCGUUUGUGGACACCAGGAUCAGUGAGCAGGACAUUAAUGAGCGUGUCCUGCAGACAAUAACACAGGAACGCAUCAAGUACAGUGUUCCUGUGGUGAAAUAUGACCGGAACGGGUUCAAGCCAAGACCCAGGCAAUUAAUUCUCACCCAGGUUGCACUUCAUGUCGUAGACGAGGCCAAGCUCAAACAGAGAGUCGAAUACGUCUCGCUCAAAGGUGUUUCUGUCAGUAACCUGGGAGACACUUUCAUGAUCCUCCACGUGGUGUGUGAUGGCCCCAAGCAAAAGGGAGAUCUCAUUCUUCAGUGUGAUCACCUUUAUGAAGUUUUGACCAAACUGGGCGUGCUGGCAAAAAAGCAGAACGCCAUCAACGUGCUUCAGGCGAGUAUUAAGUUUGAGAUCAAUGGAGGGAAGGAGAACUUUGUGGACUUCAGCAAUGGACAGGAAGCCACAGUGUACAAGGACAAAACUGGCCAUCUGAUGGUGGUCACACCAAGGCUGAAGUCCCGAUGAUGUGAUUAUACGCGACAGUAGAAGCUGGUUAUCUUCAUUAAACAUCUAGUUCAGUUCUG